AUGAGCGCUUCAGAGGCCAGCAGUGGCAGUGCUACUCCUUGUAGUGGUGUAGAGACGGCGUCUGCCGACUCAGUGGUGCCUUCUUCGGACACCACAGUGGAUGUGGACGGCUCGGUGACUGCGAGNGAGGUCCGCGCGUACGACGCUGCUGUUGCGCAGGCACGAGCUAUGGCCGCCAAUAGCGCAGAGAAAUCCGCGGUUGCACAGGAGGAGAGAGCGAACACGGCGAUUGACGUCUCCUUGUAGACUAGGGUAGCCGAGAGUGUAGAGUAGCCCGCGGCCGUGCAAGAGGGGUGCCCCUACUGAGUGUGGUUGUGGUUUUGUUGUUUUGUUCGGUGUCCGUUCAUCGUAGUACAUGUAUGUAUUUUGUCUUUUCUAUGUUUUUCGUCGUUCAUGCUUUCUUGUGGCAGUGACUUGUGUCGUUUGCCUUUUGUCUGGUCUCUUGUCUCGUCUUUUUUCUUAGCUUCUGGUCUUUUGUGUUUUGUCUUCUCCAGCUGGUCUUCU